AUGGCGAGCUUGGCAGACGAGCUGCUCGCUGACCUCGGCUCAGACGGCUCCGGAGACGAGCAAGACUACCAGCAGAGCAGCGAGCAGCAGCAGCAUCAACAUCCAGCCGGCCACGACUCCGGCUUGACCCCGACAAACGGCAAGAAGCGGGCAGAACCAUUGGCAGACGACGACGACGACGACGACGACAAUACAUCACAUACAAACGGCAGACACGCAACCGGAUCGUCUCCCAACAAGAGAGCGCAUCUCGACGAUGCGGACCUCGACGACCUCGACGAUCUCGACAGCGGCGAAGACGACGACGCCGGUGCGGAUCGCGAGUCGUUCGCCGAGGAUGGCAGCACAUCGACGAUGCAACUCGGCAGGAACGCAGUCAAGCCGGCAGAGGAGCUCGACGAGGACGAGGUCGAGAACAUUGACAUGACAAAGCUCGACCACGUUCACAAGGUGGCGAGGCUGAUGAGCAGCGGCAAGAUCGACGGGAUCCUCAAGCAAAUCGAUCACUUCAUGGCGCUGCCCGAGCCCGACAUCGCUGGCGUGCUCGAGGAGAGUCCCGAGUACGAGCUCAUCGUCAAGGCCAACAACCUCGCCGUCGACGUCGACAACGAGGUCAUGCUGGUGCACAAGUUCAUCCGCGAUCACUACUCGCCCCGCUUCCCGGAGCUCGAGAGCCUGAUCCUCAACCCGUGGGAGUUCGUCCAGGCGGUGCAGGCGCUCGGCAACGACGACGACCUGUCGCGCGCCAAGCUCGAGGGUGUGCUGCCACAUGGCACCGUCGUCGUCAUCAGCAUGACGGCGUCGACCACCGACGGACGUCCCCUCGAUGCCGCCACUUGGAAGCGCGUCCAGGAGGCGUGCGACCUGGUCUUUGAGCUCGAGACGGUGCGGCGAAGGAUCCUCGGCUACGUCGAGUCGCGGAUGACGUUUAUCGCGCCCAACCUGUCGGCCGUCGUCGGCACGCGGACGGCCACCAAGCUCCUCGGCGUGGCGGGUGGUCUAGAAGGGCUGAGUAAGAUCCCGGCGUGCAACGUGCAUCUGCUCGGCGCCAACCGCAAGGCGGCGGUCGGCUUCUCGUCGCUGGCGCAGGGCGGCGGUGCGGCUCGGUCGAACGGCUUCAUAGCCCAGAGCGAGCUGGUGCAGUCGACGCCAGACGACUACAAGCGGCAGGCGGUGCGCAUGGUAUCGGCCAAGGCGCUGCUCGCGGCGCGCGUCGACGCGGGCAAGAGCUCCGCGCGGGACGGCAGCUACGGCUACCGGCUGCACGCCGAGCUAUCGCGCAAGCUCGAGAAGCUGCAGGAGCCGCCACCGCAGAAGCUGGCCAAGGUGCUGCCGAUCCCAAAGGAAGGGAGCCACAAGAAGAAGCGGGGCGGUCGCCGCGCGCGGGCGGCAAAGGAGCGGUACGGCAUGACGGAGCUGCGCAAGCUGGCCAACCGCGUCGAGUUUGGCAAGCAGGAGGACGAGGCGUUUGGCUACGACGAGAGCGUCGGGCUCGGCAUGAUUGGCAGCUCGACGGGCAAGGUCCGGGCGCAGGUGGGCGAGGACCGCAGCAAGGCGCGGAUGAGCAAGGCCAACAAGAACCGCAUCGCCGCGCUCAAGCAGCGUCCGACGGCGGGCUCGGCCGCCCUCGAGAGCGGCACGGCCAGCAGCCUCAGCUUCACGCCGGUGCAGGGCCUCGAGCUCAUCGACCCGUCCAAGCAGCAAAAGGCGCAGCAGGCCAACGAAAAGUGGUUCAAGGAGGGCCAGUUUUCGCUGCUGCCCGGCGCCAAGUCGUCGACGAUGCGCCAGUUUCCCGGGUCCAUGGGUCCACCGCCCCCUCCGUCGUCGUCGUCGUCGUCGAGAAAGUGA